CACACCCAUUUCCAAACACAGUUUCUCUCACACACAGUGUGCAUUGACACCUGAUCUGAAGUCACUUUAAAGGACAAGGAGAACACAUAUGAAUCAAGAAAGAACAACUGUAGACAUUUAGAUAGAAGAGGUGUGAGUGGAAUAUAUGAGCUCUGUAUUGUUUUCUCUGAGAAAAAAGGACAACAUGCGAGCCUUCCUCCUCCUCUUCCUCAGCGAGAUCUUGCUGCUGAGACUGACCUCCGUAACCAGCAUGAAAGUGCAAAGACAAAACAUGCGAGUGCGUAUCAGCGCUGUUGGAGACACCAUUGUAUUGAAGUUCAUCCGGCCCCAUGAGGACACCAGACUGGAGGGAUAUAUCCUGGGCUAUGGCAGCACCAUGUUCUCCAAACAAUUUAUCCAGCUACCCGAGGAUGGACAGCCCUAUGAGACUGAGAUAGAUGCUGAGCCCAAAUAUCUGAUUGCGGUACAGUCGAAGAAUCCUGAGGAACCUAAGAAAAAGUGCGCAGGAAAAGUGGAUCUAGAGAAACCGUUGAACAUUGUGAUUGGCUCGGUAACAGAGUCCUCAGUGCUGCUGUCCUGGGGGACACUACUGACCAGCCCCUUCAUGGAUACCGUUCUGGAAGACUGUUUUGAUGAAGGACAGUUCACAGUGCGCUACAGAGAGAAGGAACCCAGAAAUACUUGGAACUACCAGACCUGUCCAUCCACCAGCACAGUCAUUGACAACCUCAAACCAGAUGCUCUGUAUGAGUUUGAGGUCCGGGCAGACACCGACACAAACAGUGGAGUCUGGAGUCCGCCCGUCAACCAUCACACAGCUGAUCAAAUAAUAGAGCAAUUUCCGGAACCAACCCAGGCAAAGCCUAAGAAGCCAGUCUUAGAAAGCCAGCAAACAUUCUUGCCACCAGUGCCAGGGGAAGAAAAUCCCAGCACAGUUCCUGACAAUCCACCUACCUCGACCGAGGCCCUUCCUUCCUCUCACACAUCUAUCAUUCUGUCCACGCCAACGACCACAAGCACAGUUCGGCCUCGAAACCCCACCAGUCAUCCCAGUACAACCCAAGCAGAUCUUCUCACAGAGCAACAUACUAGCAUAACCCCACAACAACCUACAACAUCUCAGCCACAACCUUCCACAACCCAACAACCAACCACUACAAUCCAACAAUAUACCAGCGAAAUGCAAAUCUCAGUCAAAGCUCAACCAAAUACAGCCAAACUGCUGCUGAAUACAUCCCCACAACAUUUAGGUGAAACAUCUACCCCUAAUCCACCUACAACCAAACCACCAAUUCAACAAACCCAACAAAGCACCACAAGCACUGUCCAGGAACAUCCUCACUCAACUAAGAAACAAGACAGUAUCCCUACAAGAAAAGUUCAGCCCAGCACCAGGCUGCAUCGACUGAGCACAACCAAGAAUUCACGAGGCACGUCCAAACACCCAACCACUCACACUUAUUUUACAGAAACCACUUCUCACUACCACUCCAGCACAAUCGCACAUUCUGAACAGCCAAACACCAAACCACCACCAACAACACAGGAUUGGUCCAUAAAUAGCCAUUCAUUGACAAACACAGCUUUGACUUCACCCACUACUUUAGCAAAUAGUGUCUUAGUAACAGAACAACAAACAGAUGUAUUAGUAUCACAGCUGAAAACCGAAGUUAGCAAGCAUCCAGUAUUUAGCACCAAUCCAUCCAUCCUUGAGGAAUAUUCUACAUCCCAUGUCCCCACAACUAAAAACCCACCUCUUACUGAGAACAUACAGGAACUGACACCACAUACUACAUAUCUACCCAUAACCUUUUGGUACCAGCCCAGACCCAGCACCACUAACAGACCCAGCACCAAUAAACAGCAAGCUAGCACUGAUAAAUACAACCCAAAAACAGACUCCCAAGUUGUAAAUCGACAAUCUACCCCUGAAGAAUGGUUGCCAGGUACCCCAAAAAACCUACUAAACCUUACCCCUGAAACAGCUUUCACCAAAUCCGAUGCCAUUCAAAACUCACCGGUGGCGGAGAGGGUAACAGUGGGGACACGUCAUCCAAGUCGACCAGCGGCUAUUUCCCAGCCAAAGGAGCUACUGUCACAGCCAACACUUACAAAUGAGGUGGCCAGUAGGAAUGAGGGCAGGGGUAUGUUCCGCAACUCUUCUUCUGUGUCCAACCUCUCGGCACGAAAUGCUACACAUAGAUCAAGGUCUCACAGUCGUGUCCCUCCAGUUCCCCAUACAAAGUUUUCCAGGACACAAUCUGUGUAUCAUAACUCAACUGGCAACAGUAAUAAGGCGCGCGGUGGUAAUCAACAUCGACUUUUGGGGUCCAAAUUUCCAAAAAGAACCAGAGAGCAAAUUGAGAACAGAAAGACGAACCAGGCCUCAGAGACUCUAAAAAAUGGAAACAUUAUUAAUCUUAAGCAGAAGGACCCAGUACCAGAUUUAAAACCUCUAGCUCCACCCACUACUGAAAGACCAGCCAAACAACGGCCAUUGUCGACAACAACACCACAUUCUGUUUUUGAGGGGAGUCGUUUUGACACCAGUGACAACUCCUCUGUAUUCAGAUCGCAUCCCCUCUCUGAGGUGGAUGCCACGGGGAAGAAACGAUUCAUUGCACCUCACGUGAUCUACAGAACCGACAAACGUCCGGAGGAGCCGUGCUCUGUCACUAGCUCUCUCAGCGCCUUUCCUGAUGAGGAGAUCGGAUACUUGAAUGUCACUGGCCCACCCAAGACCCCUCCAACCAACCUUACUGUGGUCACAGUGGAAGGAUGCCCCUCCUUUAUCAUCCUUGACUGGGACAAAUCAGACAAUGAGACCACAGAAUAUGAGGUAAUUUCCUCCACCAAGGGUCCGCAUGGAAAAGAAGUGUCUGUCCAGACAACAAAUCAAACACAUACAGCUGUGGAGAACCUGAAACCAGAGAGCAGUUAUGAGUUCAAAGUUACACCCAAGAAUGAAUUGGGUUCUGGCCCAGCCAGUGAACCGGUCAUCUUCAGUACUGAGUCAGCUGAUCCUCGUGUGAGUGAGGUCCAAACCGGUAAAACUGCCAUCUGGUCAUCGUUUCCAUUUAAGUCUGACUCGUACUCCGAGUGCAAUGGGCAGCAGUUCAUAAAGCGGACCUGGUACCGCAAGUUUGUGGGUAUCCAGUUGUGCAACUCUCUUAGAUACAAGAUCUACCUGAGCGACUCUCUCAAAGGGAAGUUCUACAGCAUAGGAGAUCAGACUGGGUAUGGAGAGGAUCACUGCCAGUUUGUUGACUCAUUCCUGGACGGACGAACUGGUGGUCCUCUUUCACCAAAUCAGUUACCACCCAGAAAAGGCUACUACCGGGCCAUGCGUCAAGAGCCUGUCAAGUUUGGAGACAUCGGAGGAAAUUCCAUGAUCAACUACGUGGCCUGGUAUGAGUGUGGGAUACCCAUUCCUGGGAAGUGGUAGGACCCUGAGGAGCAGAUGGAAGAUGUGAUGGAUAAGCGACAUCCGCUGUCUUUUUAUGGGAUGUUUGUGUAGAGAGAAUGAUUUCUUGGAAGUAUGUAUAUGUAUUUUCAGGUAUCGGGCACAUAUAGAAUUAUUUAUAUAUAUAAGUAGUGCAGCAAACGUACAGAGAGCUGAAUGAAUGUUCUUGUUGCAAUUAAGAAGAUUAAAUCUAGAGAAUAUUUAGGGAAGCAGGCUCCCUUAAAAGCAAAUGAAUGUGUAUAUUAUUUAUCAAAGUGUUAAAUAUGCCACUGAAACUAAAGUGAACACGGCCAACUUAAAGGAAUGUUCCUGGUUCAAAACGAGGCAUGCCAGCAUCUAUAACAUUGUCAUCACAGAAAAAAAAUAUUUUUACUAACACAAAUUAUAUUUGUAUUAUAGAAAUAUAAUUUAUGUAAUGUAUAAUUAUAAAAAUAUAAUUAAAUUUUUUAAUGUUCUAUACAUUUUUUUUAACACUUUUGGUGGGAUGAUGAUCUUUUGAUUAUGCACUACCCAUUUAAUUCCUAAAGGUGGAUUUUUCUGCCAACAAUCCUUUUUUGGACCUUGCCAGUAUUGUGCAAAAGUUACCAGGUUUACUGGCUUUAUAUGGUCAUUGUGGUUGAGAAAUUGGACAGUCUACAGUAAGUACACAAGUCUCAUGUGAAUAUCCUAAUUAAAUAUGUUGGCUUCAUGGAAUACUGUGUAUUUUAAAGUUUAUUCAGGUGCACUGCUUUGCCCCAUAGACUUUCAUUGGAGGUGCUUUAUUUUUUUUCCAAAUGGAGUUGAAUUUAUGUUUCUGUUAUCGUCAUUAUGUCACAGAUGCUGUUAACAACAUGCUGAGUGCACUAAGCCUGAAACAUUCCUUUAACAGCUCAAGCGCAAUGCUAAACAAGGAAUUCAAAGUCUAUAAACUAUUGUUCAAGACAUGCAGCUUUUCAAAUAAUUAAUUAUUACAUGUAUGAAUGUCAGAAAUGUAAGAUCUUUUUAACAAGAAAGUCUAUUGUUUUGUACAUAAGUUCAGUGACUCAUGAUUUCCAAUGAAAGCUUUUAAAUGCCAGAAUUUAUGUAACAUGUUUUUACAUCGAAACUUUGUUAUAUUUUAUAAGGUUUAUAAUGAAUCUGCCUUACCAGUAAAAGCACAAGCAGUUUUUAUGAUCUCUUUUUUUAGUUGGUGGCUACAGUUUAAAAUUGUUUCUGAAUCUGACACAAAGUUUUUGUGUUGUUUUUUUAUGCAAUCCUGAUCAGUUACAGAAAAAUCUAAAUCGGAGAUAAAUGUUAAUUCCAAUAAGAAAUGAAAAACAAUCCCAUCA